GCUGUUUUUAGAGUGAGGUAAACAUGAGCACCUCGACUGCCCCCGAGCGAGUAAGCUGGACGGUUUUGUUCAGCAGUCUUGCUCUUUUUACCAUUGUGGGGAACUUCCUCUCUAUUGCGGUAUUCCUUAACAAUUCAAGACUUCGUCGCAUGCGCACAAGCCUGCUACUGAUCAACUUAGCGAUCGCUGACCUGCUCGUGGGCUCCGUUGCCGUUCCAAUGUAUAUGGUCUUCCAGUGGCCGGAAAGCGCCAUAGCGAGAGACUUUACUUUUAUCACCUCUUAUGACGCUAUUGAUCUGCUAACCGGCUUUGCGUCCAUAUUCAGCCUAUCUGCGAUUGGUUUGGAGCGUAUGUUCUCUGUUUUCUCCCCUCAUAGGCAUCGAGCGACUGGCAAAGUGCCUUAUUAUGCAGCUGUUAUGGUAUGUUGGCUGCUCUCCUCGCUGCAAGUUUUACUGCGCAUUUUGAAGGCCCACAAGAUUGUGGAGCUCACCGUCUUCUUUUACAACAUGAUGUUCGCACUGUCUUUUGCCUUCGUUGUCAUGCUUGUCACUUACACCGCGGUCUGGUACAAAGUACGGGCUCGUCAGCUCGAGCUGAGCGAUCGUGGGAGGAGCAGCAGAUUGUCAGUUGAACGAGAGCGCAGGCUCAUUCUGACUCUGGCAAUUGUCACCGGAUUCUUCCUCGUCACAUGGUUACCAUUUCAUUUGUUAAACAUUUCCUUGUUCUUCUGCGUUCAAUGUCGACAGCAAACGGCGAUCAAUUUCAUCCACGCAAUCAAACUUCUACAUUACAGCAAUUCGUUUGUGAAUCUGAUUAUCUACAGCUGCAGGUUCCCUGACUUUCGCCGAACGCUUUGUCAAUUUUUUGGAAAGACUAGGCGUGUUGAUCCUGACACGCAGUCAAAUGUAUUGGGACAUAUGAGUUUUCUAAACACGAACAACCGCAGUCCACCGGUAGAAAUGGAUGAGGGUAUUCCGAUUUCUUCUUACUCAGCAAGAAUUCAAUCCUCGGGGCAUUGUUAGAACUUCAAGUAAACACUAGGCCCAACGAAACUGUGAUAAUUCCUUCAAGCUCCUGUCAGUUUUCCUCCUCUUAUGAUUUUCCUAUUUAUAAUCAUGCGAGUCGAAGAUGUUUCCCGAAAAAUUGCGAUUACUGUCCAACCAAGAAUCACCCAGCGCAUCAAUCCCUGGUGCUCUCAAUUUUUUUGCCGGGAAAUAUUCCCUUCCGCCAUCCAACUCAGAAAAGACUCAAGGGUUGUUUGAAGGGAAAGUAAUUGAUGUUGAACCUACAGCUGAACAACUGAGAUCAAAAUAGGCAUCCUCUGCAUUUUCAUUUCAUUAGUACUCGUCAAAAGUUUCUUGCAGAAAAUUGUAGUGAGAUUAAUAUCCAAUUAGAUGGCCAUCCAAUUUGCAGGGUUAAACAUGCCAAAUCAUUAGGUUUAAU